GUUGAAAUGUAAUCAGGCAGUGAGCUGAACCUCUAUGUGUCUGUGCCUGCCGGGGUCCUGCCUCCGGAGCCCGUGCGGGGAUGUCUCGGAGACCCCGCGCUGACUGCUGCUCAAACAUCACGGGUUUUUCAGAUGCACUCAUACAUGAGAGAAACUAAAGCAGGAAGAAAACCUACCUACUAAAAUAAAUGCAAUGGGAAAUUGAAGACGGCGGAUAAGUAAAUGUUGACAUGGAUGAUGAAGAUGGCCGGUGCUUGUUAGAUGUAAUUUGUGAUCCUCAGGCUUUGAAUGAUUUUUUACAUGGAUCUGAAAAGAUUGACAGUGAUGAUCUCCUGGACAACACAGGAGAUGCAACCAGUGCCUUCUUUGAGGGUACUGGGCUGCAUGUACAAGAAUCCUCUGGCAACCAUCUGAACACUGAACAGAAUCAGAACACAACAAGCGUUGACCUCGACUUUUUAGAAGAUGACAUCCUGGGGUCACCAUCUGGUGGUGGGGCGAAUCUUCAGAACUCAGACCAGCCCUGUGACAUUCUCCAGCAGAGCCUGCAAGAGGCUAACAUUACAGAACAGACUCUGGAGGCAGAGGCAGAACUGGACCUGGGGUCUUUCCAGCUCCCUACACUUCAGCCAGUGGUUCAGACUGCCUCUGAUGGCACGCCGCAGAUUUUCUCCAGUGGGGCUGACCUAAUUGGGUUGCAGCAGCCUGCAGUCCUGACACAUCAAGCGCUGGUGCAGCAAUCAGUGGGAGCAGACGUCGUUAAUAAGGCCAUCAGUGUUCAGCCUUUUCUUCAGCAGGUUGGCUUGGGGAAUGUUACCAUACAGCCAAUUUCCAACCUUCAGGGCUUGCCUAAUGGAAGCCCAAGUGGGACAUUGGGAAUUGGGCCGAUUCAAGUAGUUGGGCAACAGGUGAUGGCUAUUAACCAGUCAGCUCAGCAGAUCAUUGCAAAACAAGUUCAGCCCUCCCAAGUGACCACCAUGCCCGUUGGCAGUUACAUCACCCAGACAGCACCCGAGCAACAGCAGGUCACCCUCGCUUCUACGGGGGUGUCUCCACAGAACGCUGGCCUUGUCAUCCAGAAAAACCUGCCCUCCGUGGCCACUACCACGCUGAAUGGAAACUCCAUGUUUGGGAACGUAUCUGCCACCCCAGGCUCCCAACCUCUCACAGUCACAUCGAACUUAAGCAGCCCAUUGGUGCAGGCCCAGAACGUGAUUAUCCACCGAACACCCACGCCAAUUCAGCCCAAACCUGCAGGGGUCCUGCAACAGAAGCUGUACCAGAUCACCCCCAAGCCAUUUGGUCCCAAUAAUACCACCCUGACCAUCCAGAACGAGGCUGCCCUGCAACAGCAGAAGGCCCAACAGAACCUGACUUUUAUGGCGGGCAAACCAGGACAGAAUGUGGUGCUGUCUGGAUUCCCGCAAGGGCUGCCUGCCAACAUGUUCAAACAACCUCCACCGCAGCAGCAAGCCCUCAGCAAGCCCAUGAGCGUCCACUUGCUAAACCAAGGCAGCAGUAUUGUCAUCCCCGCGCAGCACGUUCCUCAGGCCAUGUUACAGGGUCAGAACCAGUUCCUUCUUCCUGGGCAGUUAGCAGGUGCCUCUGCUGUUCAGAUACCCCAGCAGCUCUCAGCCUUGCAGGCGAACAUGGGAGGACAGAUCCUAACAACUUCACACCCCAGUGGCCAAGCCCACAUCAUAACUAGCCAAGGGCCUGGUGGACAGCUGAUAACCAAUCAGGCCUUGCCUGCCCAAAUCCUCACCAAUCAGAACAUAGCUAGCCAGCUGAAUCUGGGGCAGGUGCUUACAUCGCAGAAUGCGCAUGGCACGGCUCACAUUCUUUCUGCACCUAUUCAACUGCAGCCUGGUCAGGUGGGUCAGCCAACUUUGUUCCAGAUGCCUGUCUCUCUAGCUGGCAGCUUGACCACUCAGAGUCAGCCCUCCGUUGCAGCCUCAUUGGCCAGUGGGGCCAUCAGUCAGACUGGGCAGACCGUUAUCCAAGGUGUAACUCUGCCUAAUCAAGUUGCUAUGUUAAAUUCCACUGAGAACCUCAACCAAGCUGUGAGCAUUCAGGCAUCUGCCACCACCAGCAGUCAGAGUCCAGGCCUCAUUCAGCCACAGCCCGCUUCUGGCACCAGCCUGCUGCCAAGCAGUGACCAGUCCUCUAUACUGACCGUCCAGGCUGCAUCCCAGCCUCCAGCGCCACCUCCGCUUCAGUUGAAUGUGCAGCAGCAGCCUUCUCAACAGCCAUCACAGCUACCCGUGACUUCCCAGCCCAGCCCGAACUUGGCAUCCAGUCCAGAGAAGAUCAUCUUGGGCCAGACAGCUGCCGGAACGGUCCUAAACCAAGAUUCCAUGCAGAUGUUUCUGCAACAGAAGGAUCGGAGCCAGCAGCAGCAGCAAUUUUAUCCGGCAUCCCUGAAAAUGCAGCAGGAGAACAAUCUGAAUCAGUCCACAGUACCACCACACCUUCCAAUGCCUCUGCCCAUCUACAGCAUAGCCACAACAGCUCUCAGCACCACAAGCAGUGUCCCAGCAUCAGUGAUAGUGAGCAGCAGUGCCCAGAAUCAGAGUCUGGCAACGGUGGAGUCCAAAGGACCGAAUCUUAUACCUCAGUUCUCAGCCAGCCAUUCCCAACAGGCACUGGCUUGCCAGUUACCCACAGGGCAACAGAAGCUCCCUGGAGCCUCCCCGUCCCAUUCGCUACCUCAUCCUCCAAUGGGGGAGAGUCCCCAGCUCCAGCCCUCACACCUCUCACAGAUGCAGUCCCCCCACCAGUCCCGUCCUCCGUCACAGCCGCAGCCACUUUCCCGACCACCCUCCCGGCCUCACUCCAGGCCUCCCUCCCAGCCACAAACUUUGUCCAGGCCUCCUUCUGAACCCCUCUCCCGGUCCUGCACCCCUCAAACGCAAAUGCAGAACUUGUACGUGAUACAGAAUCAAAUCACAUCAUCCCCCCACGGUCCCACCCAGCACCCCUUACGGCCCCCGUCGCAGCCUCAGGUACAGUUCCAGCCACCCCAGUCUCAGGCCGAAGGGCAACCUCAGCUGGCAACACCUCCACAUCUGCAGCUACAAGUUCAGCUUGCCCCUCAGAUCCCGCCCCAGUCUGAGACCCAGGUGCCGGCACGGCUGCAAUCCCAGAUCCAGGCUCCAACCGAGUCUCAGCAUACUCAUUCCCCACAUUUCCAGUUCCCUUCCCAGGGCCAAAUCAAGCCGCCAGUCCCAACCCAGACCCUUCACCUAACACCGGAACAACAGAGGAGUUUUCAGAUGGUCCCAAAUCAAUUCCAGACACUCUCUGCAAUUCCAAAUCCCACUCCUCAGCAGAAGCAGCUAUUGGACAGGUUCCAGCAGGUGCCCCAGGGGAUUAUCCUGCAAACGAAACACCAGACUUCCACCAGCCAGGUGUCAUCAGCUCUGAGCCACUUCAGCAGCCAGCCUUCAUCUGUCCUGGUUAGCAGCCAAGGACAGCCAGUAGCAGUGACAACAACGCAAGCACCAGUCCACAGCCACCCAUCUGUCCCCGCUGCAGUCCAGCCUUCUACUGCAGGUAUAGCUGCUCCAGUUCCUGCAGAGAGUAAAACAUUUUCCAGUGGCGCCACAUCUGUUUCUGGGGGGAAAGUGACUACAGUGCCAGGGAAACCAGGAACACCUCUUGCUGUACAGCAGCCAGUUCAGGCCAAGCCUGGAGUGAUUAGCUCCAUUUCCGGCCUGAAUCUUGGAAAAGGCCCCUUGCAGAUCCAGGUAGUUGGGAAAGGAUUAUCACAACUCAUGCCCUCAGUCCCAGUCCCAUCCCAGCAGCAGUACGAUAGUAAGCUUGGAAGUCUGAAAAAAACUCCUACACUACAGCCCAGCAAAGAAGCUUGUUUCUUGGAACAGUUACAUAAACAUCAGGGAGCAGUGUUGCACCCUGACUAUAAAACUUCAUUCCGAUCGUUUGAAGAUGCCUUACAAAGGCUUCUACCCUAUCAUGUCUACCAGGGGAUGCUUCCCUCUACCCACGACUAUAGAAAGGUAGAUGAAGAGUUUGAAACAGUGUCCACCCAACUGCUGAAACGCACACAAGCUAUGUUGAACAAAUAUCGUCUGCUGCUCUUAGAGGAGUCUCGGAGAGUCAGCCCUUCUGCAGAGAUGGUGAUGAUCGAUCGAAUGUUUAUUCAGGAAGAAAAGACCAUGUUGGCUCUUGAUAAACAGCUAGCAAAGGAGAAACCAGAUGAGUAUGUUUCAUCAUCUUCUCGCUCACAGAGCCUCACUUCCUCUCUGGCUCUAGCCUCUGUAUCCAGCAUCACCCCAGCUUCUGAGAACCUAAAGGUGCCUCCAGUGCAGACAGCCACCCAGAUCCACCCCACCAAAUUGGUUAUCAAGCACAGCGGAGGCUCCCCUUCUGUCACAUGGGCAAAAGCUUCACCUUCUUUGGAUGGAGAUGAGGAUGCCCUACCCUCAAGGAGCAAGCCCCCAAUCAAAACUUAUGAGGCACGGAGCCGGAUUGGGCUUAAGCUGAAGAUCAAGCAGGAGGCUGGUCUCAGCAAGGUGGUGCACAACACUGCCUUGGACCCAGUUCACCAGCCACCUCCGGUGUGCACAGUCAUCAAAACAGCUGACCAGCACUCUUCAGCUGCCCCCACCGCCACCACCACUGCUGGGCAAAUGAACGGGACUAUUGACCAUGUAACCUCAGCGCCUGUGGAGAAAAAACCCAUUGUGACCUACUGCAGGCUUCCGCUUCGUAAGACUUACAGAGAGAACGUGGAUGCUUUUAUAGCAGAUAAAGCCACUGAUGCCUGUCCGAAGGGAGGCAUCCCAAAGGUCGAUACCAUCCCCAGCACCCUUGUGAUCAAGCAGGAGGACGGCUCCAAAGGCGUGAUCACCUCUCUCAAAACCCAUGAAACCCCAACUGUGGUGGUGGCAGAGAAGAGCAAGCCGGAGGAGAGCUCCAAGCUCCUGUUUUUCAACAGAAGCGAUGCCCGUUCUCUGGUGAUGCAAGACAGCCCUGCCCCUCCGAAGACCGAUGACUCUACCAGUGGCCUUAUGAAGGAACUUGCAGAAGUAGAGGAUGAGUUUUAUCACGGAAUGAUAAAAACGGAGCCCCCUGACCACAGCUCCGGCUCGGAGCUCACCUGGGAGGUUCCCUUGCCUCCAGCUAAGCGCAGGAAGUCAGAGUCCUUUGAUGUGGAUAAUGCCAGCUUCUCCAGCGACAGCCCCCAGGAUGACUCCCUUAAUGAGCACCUACAGAGUGCCAUUGACAGCAUUCUCAACCUGCAGCAACCUCAGACUGGGGGUCAGAACAUCCGGACACCCUCCUCCUCUUACAACUCCUCUUCCUCCCCUUUCUCUUCACCUGUCCAUCGUACAGACACUUACCUUGCCCCUAAUCACAAUGGCGGCCUUGGAGCAAGGACGUUGAACAGAUAACAGAAAACCAAACUGAGCAGAAACUGAACAGAAAGCAAGGACCGAAGAAGACGCUCUUGCUGGUUGAAACGGUCGAGCACCAUGGGUGUCAAUGGUGCCGCCUACCCAGAGACCCGAUGGCUCGGGCCUGGCACCAGCAGGAGUGGGGGAAGAGGGUGUCCUAAUGAUGCUUCAUCCAAGUGUUUAUAUGAUGGGUUUUGGAUGUUGAAAAGUACAAGCUGAGGCUGGAUUUACAAUACACUCGUCUCAUCAAACACACCCUAUAAUGGCAAGUGAGAAGCAACCAGGCGGGUGGGAGGGGAUUGAUGGGGCCCAUAGGUAGUGCUGGCUGUGUAAUUUAGAUUCUGUAACAAAUUGCUAAUUUGAAUAUCUGAUUGAUCCGUUUCCUCUCCCCCGGCCCCAUCUUAAACUCUGAACAGAUUGCAAGUCAAGCCAGUGUGAGGCAAAAGGGGACUCUGCAGGAAUUGCCACAGGGGCAAAAUUUAUUGUUCAUUUUUAAGUUAUUUCAAGAAUCAAGCAUGGGCUUGUGGAACCUCUCAUUGGUCAACAAAGGGCAAAAAAAUAGUCAAGAAAGGAAAUGCAAACACUAAUCAUUAAAAAGAAAGAAAGUUUACAACUAAAUCUAUACGUUUUACUCCUACAACUUGAAGAGAAGCAGUUCCCUUGGGAGUAGCUGUGGGUAGGACUAGCAGGAGCAGCACAGGGGAGAUGGGGGAAGAGAGGAAUAUCAUGCAAUCAUUUACUCUGAGGGGGGUGGUUACAUAGCUUUUUGUUGUACUCCAUGGCAACCUGAUAUUUUGGUAGCAACCGGGCAAAGUGUAUUCAAGCUGUGUUAGGAGCGAAGCUGGUCUGGCAUUUCCCUGCAGCAUUCCAAGGCAGGGGGUGUGCUGAUAAGAGAACAGGCUGGGGCCAAGGCAUCGUGUUGCAAUGUUCUGCUUGGAGCUAGGCAAAGGCAGAAAGCAAAAAUGCCAAAUGAAUGUUUACAUGUUUUACAUUUCUGCUUUGCAUCAUUCGUUGUUGUUUAAAUGUUUUCUUGUACUCUUCUUCCAUUAUCUCAGUUACCUUCAUCUUAUUGCUUUCCCAUAGGGGUCCCCUGUUUCCUUAUUAAAGCCAUAAAAAUGGGGGGGGGGGGCGUUUUUAUAGCAUGUACUCUUGAGACACUGUGUCAUGACCAUCAGCCUCCUGACUAAGGAGGACUGGAUGGGGCUCCCUUAGGGACCUAUCAGUGCCUCUCCCUAAUCAGUUAGAAGAGGCGACUGUUGAAUGACACAAGGUACUCCUUCCUCUCCACUUCAGCAGCACUGCUAGCCCCAGGCAGUCUGGGAUGUGAGAGUAUUCGACUGAGUGACAAACCCAAAUCAUCCUCUUCAUAGCAGUGCUGGACACCUUUACUAUGCCACUAGGCCCACUUGUCCCCCAUCAGUUCCUGAUUUUCCUUUUCCUUUAGUUCUUCCCAUUCUGGCUGUCUCCCCACAUCCUGCAGGCACUGGAACUCAGAGGCAUACAGGGUGGUUUAGAAGCCCUAUUAAAUGUAUAUGAGCAGGUGGAUGCUGUGAUAGAUCAGAUACCUGGCCUUUUGCUGACAAACUUCCAGUGGCUUUGUCAAGAUUUGAAUUCUAACACCUGCCUUGUGCUAAGGAUUCCAACCACCGUCUCUUUAGAAUUCACACGUAUACCUCUCUAAUCCUAGAUUUAUCAGUUAAAUGCUGCCUACUGCAAUUAACAUCAGGCAUCUUAUAACGUUGGUUUCAAUGCAUGAGGCUCUGUCAUUGCAGUUCAGUCUUCCUGUUCUCUGAUGCGAGCUUAUUGCCAUACUCAUGGUCGGUCUCACACCAGGCCGACCCAUGGAUAAUGGUUGAGAACACUGUGAUACAGAAAAUGCCAGGAAAUGUGAGCUGGGCUAGAUCACAUUUAUUUCACUACAAAUAACAGACAUAAACCCUUCCAAAAAUGUACAUUGACUAAUGCCAGAAACCCUGAGGAGGAUCUAUUUAUUCCCACUCAUGCCUUAGUAUUUCUUUACCCAAAUGUGUGGUGACAGUGGAAAUACAUGGUUUCUUUUCACUGUUCCCCCACAUGGGUAUGUAUGUAACCAUAACUUAAUUGUAUGUAUGUAUGUAGACGCUGUAACCUGUAUGUGUGGCAUUCAUCCCAUUAGAGCUUUUUCACUGAUUUUACCUCCAUUUUUUAUUGGUGGUAGUAGGAGUUAGGGCUUUGCAUCAGUGCCAUCAAGUAUUUGUGAUGUGCCAUUAGUCCUGAUUCCU